AUGGCGACGGUCGUCGGAGUUCGAAGGUACUCUUUGUAUUACAUGCAUACUCGAAAGUCUAAGAGCAUUGAUCUAGCUUCCUACGAUCCAGAGAUUGAACGAACAUUUCGAAAGCUUCAGAGAAAAAUCAAGCAAAAGUGUGCAUCGGUGUCUUUACCACCAUCUUCUCCACCACAUUUAAGUUCGGAAGAGGAGGAGGAAACACAAGAAGGCAUGGCUGAUAACCGUACAUUGAGGGAGUUGGCAAUGCCAAAUACGGAUCAACAACCAUUGUGCAUCACAUAUCCAAAUGCAGGAGGAGGAUUUGAGCUUAAGUCCGGCAUGAUUCACUACUUGCCUAAGUUCCAUGGCUUCUCAACAGAGGAUGCCAACAAGCAUCUCAUGGAGUUUCACGUGGUAUGCUCAAGAAUGAGACCAGCAAAUGUGGAUGAGGAGCAAGUCAAGUUGAGGGCAUUCCCAUUUACAUUAGAAGCCAAGGCAAAGGAGUGGCUUUACAAUUUACCUCCGGGAUCAAUGAACACAUGGAACCAGGUGAAGCACGCAUUUUUGGAGCAAUAUUUUCCGGCCACAAAAGCUGCAAGCAUAAGGAAGGACAUAUGUGCAAUCCGACAACAACAUGGAGAGCCCUUUGAAGAUUACUAUGAGCGGUUCACACAUUUGGUUGCAUCUUGUCCUAAUCAUCAAAUUUCAGAGCAUUUACUAAUACAAUACUUUUAUGAGGGAUUGUAUGGUACUUAUCGUGUAAUGCUUGAUGCAGCAAGUGGCAGAGCAUUCAUGGACAAGACGCCUACUAAUGCUAAGGCAUUGCUAAAGAACAUUGCUGGCAACACACGACAAUUUGUAGGGAGAGAUGAGCUACCUUUUAAGAAAGUUAACGAGGUUAUUGUGGCUCCAAAACAGGUGUGUGGUGUAUGUUCAAUGAUGGGACAUGCCACAUACAUGUGCCCUUCGUCGAUGGAUCAAGGUGGUCUUGAGCAAGCUAAUGCAUUAGGAGGAUUUCAAGGGCAACAAAGGCAAAAGUAUGAUCCCUAUUCCAACAAUUAUAAUGCAGGAUGGCGCGAUCAUCCACACUUAAAGUGGAACAAUCAAGACAAUGGACAACAAUCUGUUCCCAACAACUAUAAUCGUCCGCCUGGCUUCUUUCAAGCAAGACUGCAGGCACCAUUUUAG